AACGCUCAAUCGGUAUCCAUGAGCUGUCACUUCACGCAUGCGUAGAAGGACUCCUGUUGUGGAGGAAAUCUCCCAGCACUGAUAUAAGGUUUUGCGAUUCGUUGUUGCCUGAUAGAUUGGGCUGCAUUUGCUUCUUCUGUUCCUCAGUUUUUCUAAAAUAUAAUUCGAAAAUGUCAGCGUGGAGACAAGCGGGAUUAAACUACAUUAACUAUUCUCAAAUCGCAGCCAGGUUAGUCAGGCAAGCCUUGAAAGCUGACCUGAGGGCAGAAGCAGUUAAACGUGAUGAUGCUAAUGUAAAGUUCACACAAUGGAAAGAUGGAAAACCUAUUACUGAAAAAAUGUGAUCAUAUUGAUUAAAAAUGUCUAGAUGGUUAUCACAGAUGGAUUCCGAAUUCAUCCAAUAUGCACGUGUUUACAGCCAUGUUAGUGAUGUAUAACGAUAGAAUAAAAUGUUCAUUAUACAUCCUUAUCGUUACCCUUCAAGUUUACUCACGAUUAAUUUUUGUAACGUCAUCUUACAACAGGGCUGUGUGUCUUGCAAUGUACUGCAAAAUAGGAAGACAAAUAGUUCAUAAAAAUGUUCUAUUAUACAUUAACUGUUCUAUUGUACAUUAACUGUUACACUCACCAAUGAAUUCGGAAACCAGAUCAUUAUCGUUUUCUCCCCGCAUACUUCCAGUGAUUUCCUCAUUUUCUACCAUUGGUAAAAAUAAUUGUAUAAAUUCAGUGGAGUACGGGGGUGCUAUCGCUUCCAAAACCUUAUGUUGUAAAUAUUUAUUUCAUUAAAAUAUCGAUAUAUUAUCGCGUAAAUCAAUAAAAAGAGUAUUAUACUUCACCUCUGUAACAAAAUAUCUGAUUAGAGACACGUCUGUGUCGCUACGCUGCCAACAUUGCUUAAUGUAACAUACAACAGGAACGACACAGCCUUUGCUCAAUAAAUUUACCAUUCUAUCGAU